AUGUGUGUUUAUAGGUGGAGGACCACAAUCAAUCUCGCAGGAAAAGACUCGCAUCUUGGUAUAUUGCGUUCAUCAUGCCACUGCAAGUCUCAAGUACUUAGCAAGAGAGUGUCUGAGGGGACAAAUCUCCUCAUAGUCCUAGGCCCAGUGUAUUCUGACACAGAAUGCACGUCUGAAGAAUUUCCAAGGCCUUUGGAUGCUGAUACCAAAAAAAGAUAUAUGAUGAAGCUGCCCGAUUUAUUUAGGAGGAUUGUGAUAAACCGAGCAGAGAACACCACCAACAAGACCAGCAAUGGCUUUGGCUCUGACUGCCUCAAAGAGUCCCGCUUUGAUACAUACGAUGCGUCCUCGCCCUCUUCCUCCUCGGCCGCCUCCUCGGCCAGCAGUGCCAGUCAACUCUGCGUUUGUGCUGUUUGGCAUGGUAUGCAAAAGAUAUUCUUUCCUCGAUCGUCAAUAGCGGUUCAUCAACUGUCCAAAGAGCACCGUUUGGACUACCGCGAUGUGGUAAACAGUGUACGCUCAAGUGCUGAGCAAGAUGCUCUUUCGGUAGGUAAAGCUGAAAUGUUGUGCAUGUCAUUUAAAAGAACAUGCGGAGACCGGAGCCAGAAUGAAGCCUGCCGUUUCUCAUUUGCGACAGCCCUCAGUUUGGUACGUCAAGAGGACGUGGAGAAAAUGACCGACGGCACGCCGCUAGUCCGCUUCAUGGACCCUGCGGGAGGUUAUUGGAACUCCCGCUUGUAUUUCCUAGUGGAGUUUGAACACCAAACCUAUUCCCAUGUUUCGGGAUCCUCACCAAUGUCGCAGUUGGCAGCCAUGAGCCGAUCAAGUAUAUCUUGA